AUGGCGGGGGAAAAGAAGGGCCUGGUGCUGCUGGACUUCUGGGUGAGUCCGUUCGGGCAGCGCUGCCGGAUCGCGCUGGCGGAGAAGGGCAUCCCCUACGAGUACUCGGAGCAGGAGCUGCUGGGCGCCAAGAGCGACCUGCUCCUGCGCUCCAACCCGGUGCACAAGAAGAUCCCGGUGCUCCUCCACGACGGGCGCCCCGUGUGCGAGUCCCUCGUCAUCCUCAACUACCUCGAGGAGGCCUUCCCUGACGCCUCCCCGAAGCUCCUCCCCGCCGGCGACGCCUACGCGCGCGCGCAGGCCCGCUUCUGGGCUGCAUACUCCGACAAGGUCUACGAGGUCGGCACGCGGCUGUGGAAGCUCAAGGGCGAGCCUCAGGCGCAGGCGCGCGCCGAGAUCGUGCAGGUGCUCAGGAACCUGGACGGCGAGCUCGGGGAGAAGAGCUUCUUCGGCGGCGAGGCGUUUGGGUUCGUGGACGUCGCGCUCGUGCCCUUCGUGCCGUGGCUCCCCAGCUACGAGAGGUACGGGAGUUCAGCGUCGAGGGAUCGCGCCCAGGCUGGCGGCGUGGGCGCGCCGGUGCGCGCAGAGGGAGAGCGUCGCCAAGAGCCUUCACCCGCCGGAAAAGGUGGAUGA